GAACAAACCAUUUUCUUGCUGCACACUUUUUGAUCCGAUAUGGGACGAAAGUUCUUCGUUGGAGGCAACUGGAAAUGCAAUGGAACUAAGGAUGAGGUUAAGAAGAUUGUGUCAACACUUAAUGAAGGUCAAGUGCCAUCUGCAGAUGUUGUAGAGGUUGUGGUGAGCCCUCCCUUUGUGUUCCUCCCCUGUGUCAAAAGUGAACUAAAGCCCAAUUUUCAAGUUGCAGCCCAGAAUUGCUGGGUUAAAAAAGGAGGUGCAUUCACAGGUGAAAUUAGUGCAGAGAUGCUCGUCAACAUAGGAAUCCCAUGGGUCAUCAUCGGUCACUCUGAAAGAAGAGCUCUCUUAAAUGAAUCCAAUGAGUUUAUUGGAGAAAAGGUUGCAUAUGCACUUUGUCAAGGUUUGAAGGUGAUUGCUUGUGUGGGCGAGACUCUUGAAGAGCGGGAAGCUGGGACCACUAUGCAAGUUGUUGCUGCACAAACUGAAGCAAUUGCAGACAAGAUAGCAAGCUGGGACAAUGUUGUCUUGGCAUAUGAGCCAGUUUGGGCUAUUGGAACAGGAAAGGUUGCCACUCCAGCUCAGGCUCAAGAAGUACAUGCAGAAUUAAGGAAAUGGCUUGCAGCCAAUGUCAAUGCUGAUAUUGCUGCAAAAACCAGGAUUAUCUAUGGAGGAUCUGUAAACGGUUCCAAUUGCAAAGAAUUGGGAGGUCAACUAGAUGUUGAUGGAUUCUUAGUAGGUGGAGCUUCUCUAAAGCCUGAAUUCAUCGACAUCAUUAAGGCUGCUGAAGAGAAGAAAAUCAGUGGAUGAGCUUUACCCUUUAUAAAGUAAAAUUUUGGUGCGUUUAUGAGGAUAAUUUCAUCAUCUUCCAAAUAAUUUAUGGGAAGUGAAUCAUUAUUUUUGACAGAUGUAGCAAUCUCUUAGGUAAUUUCGUUAAAUGAAAUAAGCCUGUCAGAUGGGCAUAGGAUCAUAUUGCAGCAAUGAGUAGUCGUGAGUAUUCUUUUAGUUACCUUGUGAGUUGGUACUGAUUAAGGAAGAAAUGAAAAUGUGAUUAUGA